CAACAUAAAACUAGUGAAGUCAAUAGAAAUUGUUCCUUCUUUCACCAAUCUGUGAGUGACGAGAGUUGUUUUCCCCUCUCUCUCACCAUUUUUUUUUGUUGUCUCUACGAUUCUCUUCAGCAAGUGUUAAUUUGUCGAAUCCAUGGCGUCAAAGUUGGUUCAGUUGCAAGCGAAAGCAUGUCAAGCUACAUCGUUCGUUGCCAAGCAUGGCGGUACGUACUACAAGCAGAUGAUUGAGAAGAACAAGCAAUUCAUUCAGGAACCUGCUACUAUUGAGAAAUGCAAUGAAUUGUCAAAGCAAUUGUUUUACACUCGUCUUGCAAGCAUUCCUGGACGUACCGAAACUUUCUGGAAGGAGGUAAAUCACGUGAAGGGACUUUGGAAGAACAGGCAAGACCUUAAGGUUGAGGAUGCAGGGAUUGCAGCUCUUUUCGGACUGGAGGUCUUCUGCUGGUUUUGUGCUGGUGAGAUUGUGGGAAGAGGAUUCACGUUCACUGGUUACAAUGUCUGAAGAUAAAUCAUUGCGUGGAGUAAAAAAGAGUUCGCCUUGGAUUUGCAUUUUGUGAAAUUUGAAGAAUGUUGUGAUUCUUAGCGACUGACAUACCUUAAAUUCAAAAUUUUGAUUUUCCUGCAAAGCUUUUGGCACUGAGAACUGCUCAGUGAGACAAUAGUGAUAGGCUGGUAGCAAUAAUAAUUCUCGAAUUCGACAGAUUUCUUCUUCUUCUUUUUUCAAUUGCAAGAGGUUCCAUAUUUUUGGAUGAUAUUA